GCGGGAGAUGUCGAUAAAGGCGCAAUCACAUAGAGAGAGAAACAUGGAGAAAUGCAGAGUUGAGAGAAUUAGCAUGUAAGAGAAACAGAGAGAGUGAGACGGAGAUCCUUGAUAAAGGGAAGAAACAGAGAAAGAGAGUUGAAGGAGAGGUAAGAGGUUUUCCGGGAAAAUGACGACUGGUAUAAUGCAAGACCAGAAUCUGGAGAAGGAGAUAGGAAAACAGAUGGGUUGCAUGGCCGGUUUCCUUCAUAUAUUUGAUCGCCACCAGAUUCUAACCGGAAAGCGCCUCUACGCCACCAAACGCCUCCCUCCUAGUCCUGUCGUAGAAUCGUCACCGGAAUUAGAGAAAGAUAAUAGUCCUCCGGCAAUGUGUAAAGAUUCGGAAAGGCAGCAGCAGAGUAGAUCGACGCCUUCCCCCGACCGCUUGAAGACAUCUCAGUUGCCUGAACUCCGAUAUCCGGCGCCGGACGUUUUAAGUCCGGCGGACAAUCAGGCGAAACAACUACUCCCUAUCCCGAUUUUCGACUACAAGGAAGGAUCGCGGUCGUCGUGGAAGUUCUCCAAGGAAGCUCCGAGGCUCUCACUCGAUAGCAGGGCCAUUGUCGAUGCCAAGGGAAGUCUCAAGCCUAGAGAGAUCCGAACCAGCGCGGCGUUUUUAUCGGCCAACCAAUGUGAGAGCACUGAAGACGGAGCAGAUAACAUGGAAAAACAACGCCGAUCAACGAGCGUUAUCGCGCGGCUCAUGGGACUCGAGUCUUUGCCGAGUUCAGAUCCCGAACCGGCCAAGAAAGCGGAGCUCCGGAGAUCUGCGUCUGAGUCGAGAGCAUCCAGAGAUCAGUACCGAUUCAUUGACGGCAUUAGUUUUCAAGCGCAACAGUCACUGCAGCAGCAACAACUGAAUCGUCAAUGCAACAUUGCGAGCAGCAUGUUUAAAGAUAAGGAACUCAACAAUAAUACCGCAGCUCGAGUUUAUAAUAGAAGUGGCGUCGGAGGAGCAGUAGAUCCAAGGGAUUUUGUUUUACGUAGUGCCAGAGCUGAGCCUGCUAAAGUACCGCACAGAGGCAUUGUGCAGCGGAAGAAUUUCUUCGAUUCCGCCGAUUUCUUUCCCGAGCCCAAACAAGCAGUAUCCUUAUAUGGUGAGAUCGAAAAGAGGCUCAGGAUGAGAGGAAUCGACGAGCCAUCUAAGGAUCUUGAGACUCUCAAGCAAAUCCUUGAGGCGCUGCAACUCAAAGGACUGCUGCAUUCUAAGAAGUCUGCAAGCCAUGUCAACGGCAGGAACGUCGCCUACAAUCAAAGUUUUUGGCACGAGGAAUCUCCAAUCGUCGUCAUGAGACCAGCGGUUUCGCCGGUUUAUGCGAACAGGACAGGGAGAUUCGGCAACGAUUCGCACAGAAACGGAAUUCGCCGGAAUGCAAACCUUACCGGACAAGCGUCGCCCGCUAUGAGCCCAAGGCGGGAACGGCAGCAUAUUGACAGGAAGAAUCAGAGCCCAAACAGGGGAAGGAAUUCGAUUUCCCCAACGACGAGUGAGAGCAGCGUGAAGAGUCCCCGUAGGAGGUCAUUUAACGUUGAAACACAAAGGAGAACAAAUGAGUCAACAGAGCAAAGGAGGAUAUCUCCGGUACAGUCUCCUAAGGUAGGCAUGAGGAGAACCGGAACAGAUCAGGUACCAAACCGUUCGCCGAGGAACAAGAAACCAACAGGUGAGAUUUACCGCAAGGAGGAGAAAGUGGUGACACCAGCGGAAGAUGAGGUAUCCAUGAUUUCCGAAAGCAGUAUAAGCACAUCUUCUCAAACAGAUACAGAGAAAACAAAGAUGGAGGAAUACAAAGAAGGUAGGAAUCUACUAGAGAGGUGCGAUAAACUGCUGCACAGCAUAGCAGAGAUAACUUCAACCGAGUUACAGCCAAGUCCAGUCUCAGUGCUUGACUGGUCGUUUUACAAGGAGGAGUCGUCUCCUUCGCCGGUUAUGAAACGCAGCAUUGAUUUCAAAGAGCAACCAAUUGAAUCGGAAGAUGAGAUAUGGAGUUCAGCAAUGUCAUCGGCCGAGUCCAAAUCAGACGAUUGUGAUUUCAUCUACAUCUCUGACGUGCUGAAGGCUUGCAACUACCUACCAGAAGACUCAGAUAUAUUCCUAUUACUAGAGAAGCAGCAAUAUUUGAAAGGAAAAGAUACAUCCAAGGUGUCAAGUUUGCAGAGACGACUUGUUUUCGAUACUAUAAGCGAAAUCCUUAAUCGAAAGAGACAAUUGCCGCCAUGGAAGGCAGUGUCGGAGAUGAGUUUAGCAACAGGAAAGGCAGCAUUACAGCAAAUUUGGUGCGAAUAUCGAAGGAUCCGAGAGAGAGAAACCAGCGAUGACUUGUUCGAAGUCAUAUGUGGUGUGCUAAAGAAGGACCUCGCAGGGGAUGGAAUCAACGGGUGGGGAGAUUGCCCUAUCGAGAUGUCGGAAGCUGUCCUCGACCUCGAACGAUUAAUUUUUAAAGACUUGAUCGGCGAAACCAUCGGAGAUCUCGCAGUGUAUGCCGCCAGAUUUAAUAAAAUCUCUGUCUCCCGGAGGAAAUUAGUCUUCUGAAAAUUGAAAGGUAGCCAGUUUCGAAAUUCACCUUCUGGCGCGCUUUCUUUCUUUGGCUCCUUUGCUUUCUGUUUUCUUCUUUAUUUUAUUCUUAUUUUGACCAGACGAACCCCCCCCCCUACUCGAAGAAAUCUGGGAAAUGUUCUAAGUGUUGAAUUACCUAGAAUCUAACAAUCAUCACUUGCUGCAAAUAUGUAAAAAGGAAAAAAAGUUGGGAUAACCACAUAAUUAAAAAAUAUCCCCCUACUGGGUAUUUUUGGUUUU